GUUGGUAGCCGAUUUGCGCCUUAUAUUGAGCUACAUUUUGUGUCGAGUCGUAUGCUCUACGAUUCUGCAAUCUCACAGCCGUCAAGCGAGCCAAAGAAUGUUUAAAUGGCUGUCCUACUUAGUAUCCGUUUUUUUUUUUCGUUGGACACAACUUUGAAAGUGAGCGCAGAAUUGUGUCCUAUAACGUUCAUCGCAUAUGAUUCACGGUUUCUGCAUCUUUUCGUUGCAUGUGUAGGUGUGACGCUCCAUUGAAUCACGUUCAAUGAACAGAUCUGCAGCCAAUUUAACAUGGCGCAUUCAGUAGAAAAACUGAGUUCGGAUUACCCCCUGACGCCUUACAGAUAGUCCUGUUAGGAACAAUCGAACAUCUCAAUUUGUCACGAGGUCAAACCAUGGGAUCUUGCGGAUAACGAAGUGAAAGCAUAGUGGUUUUAUUAUCCAAAUGGCUGGGCAUGGGUGUUGAGUAUGGGUAAAGAAUAUCCCGAUGACGCCAGCAAAAUCGUGUACCCACCUGAAGAAGAUACCAGCCUUACUCUAGAUACCGAAGAGGUUUCCGAAGAUGUUGACGUUCCCGAAGAAAUCGAGGAUGUUCCCGAUAUGGAGCCUUCCGACCAUGUGGAAAAACUCAGAACAAAAGCAAUCGUGAGGCCCAGUAAGCCACAAGAAACGACCCAUGCAUCGGAAACAUUUUGCUCACGCUGGAAGAGGUCAUUUCAGAUUGGCCUCGCAACUAUUAUCAUCGUUAGCGCGGUACUUACGUUAUGCUUUGUUAUCUACAGAGUUAUGAAGGAUAAAUUUGAUCCAAAAGAGUCGGCGAGAGCUCCUCCGGAAAUUGUCAGCUGUGAGCACCAGAAGGAGCCGAUUGAUAUGUUUAGUGAAAAAAUACAAGCUGAUGUGAGAACUUUGGAAAGCGUAAUAAAAUCCAAGGCAAAGUCACCUAGUGGACGUUACAGGACGCGGGUCGCCAUUCAAUUUCAGUUGGAAGUCACAGCAUCGGUAGCACAGAGGGCGAUUACUGGACAGCUGUUCAAAGCAGGCUUCGUAGCAUUUGUAUUCGGAUUCACCGAAACAAACCUUACAAUCAUCUAUGUGUUCACUGGGUGUAAGGACAAGCAAAGCGUUCGUUUAUUGAAGACAUUCGACUACGACGUUAAGCGAGCUCAAGCGGAUCUAAUCAUGUUGAUACCCAUCAGCGAAGUUAUUGAUCACUUCGAUUGCAUCAAUGAACAGAUUCAAGCAGACGACAGCGACCUGGGAAUAUCCAGAGUGCGAAUGAAUCUUCAUCUUGAUUAUAGCAAGCGGCGCCUGAUCGUAGAGACAUGCACGUUGAAGGGAUGCAGCAGGUCCAUCGACGGUGCGAUUCAGAUGCGCGACACCAAUCAAACGUAUCCGACACCUCUUACCUACAUCAUUGUUGACAGGUUCGGAUCAAAACGACAGAAUGAAAACGGCCCUUGUCACUUUGAAGUCCUAUUGGAAGUAAAGACAUGGUGCGAGAUUGUUGAGGCAUAAAACGCCCAUCUAUGUAUACACAUGCACAUGCACGUGCAAAGAUGUACCCUGAAAGAUGUCACAUAGUGCAAAUGUUAAAAAUGGCCCUAUCAGCUUGGUGAUCAGGCCCGUAUUGACAUACAUGUAGAUAGCAAAAGCCCGUCCACAGAGAGCAUUUUUGCGUUGAAAAUAAUCAACUAGUGUAAGGAGCUGGGCGGAUAUCUACCAUUAGCAAGCAAUAAUUUUAUAGUAUACCUUAUUCCAACAUAUAGAGAGGUUCGGAGCUGUAUUAUACCUUUGAAAGCCCAUUUUAGUCGUCUUGCUGGUAGCCAAUGUUCAUAGCCGAAACAUACGUGCAUAUAUAUAUAUAUAUAUAUAUAUAUAUAUAUAUGCCUGCCCUUGCUUGAAAAACAUAAUGUCUGCGAAGUUAUAGUAGAUAGCCAUCCGUCGAAGUGUCACAAACUGUAAUAGUUUUCCUAUUAUGACCGUUCUGUUUGUAAUUUAGUCAAUUAGUUGUACAAAAAAGGAGCGUUCAUGUAAUAAAGUAGCUCUUCUUGAUAAUUAACCGUAAUUUAUAUGAUUUAAAAAAAAAUAUAACUUUGUUUCUACUUCAUAAUGCGUUUGUCUAUUCGUUUGAAUAAAGGUCAUAGUAAUAAUAGUUGGACAGUAUCUAGGGGCCCCUUUUCGAUAUUAAUCGCUUGCAUAGGCACUGGAAUCGGUUGGCAACGGUCUUUGCGACGGAGAGAAAGUUGAGGAUACUGGUGUAGAGGGUGUUCCGUUUUUAACAUCCCCCUUUGUUAUGCGUGAAUUGAAUGAACCCCAUACUCGAGCCUUUUUACACGAGUACUAUACGAGAAGACAACAAGGUGUCUGAAAUAGCGCGUCAUUGCACUUGCCCAUAGCUUAAGAAGCUCAGUGUCAACAUAUCUAGCUUGUAUAGAAUAGA